CUCUAUCAGAAUAAAACAUUUGACAUUGUCACCAUUAAAACCCAGCGUCUCACCUCGCCAAAUGCUUUUGGUCAUGAAUUAUGCAAAUCAAGGUCUUUUUCUUUACCGUAUACAGGAUAAAGACAUUCCCGUUUAAGGGUUAUGUGUAUAGAGUCGAUAUAUGCUUAUCUAAACUAUUCAAAGCCCCUCCUCCCACUUUAUUAUAUAUUUAAACAGAUGGACAUUCAAUUGCAAAACGUAGAAAGAAGUAAAACAAAAAAAUCAUUCGAUUUAAUAGCUUUUUUUAAAAGCAUUCUGUUUCUUUAUAGUUUAGCAUCCCUUCUUCUUCUAAGUGAGUAAGCCAAUAUGCAUAAUACGAAGCAUGGCUUAAAACAAGAAAAUCUUUGUGUGACUCGACCAUUUUUCUUUUUUUCUUUAUAUAAUGAUAUCACUUCGAGACAUAUUGAAGGCCAUCACACAGUCUGUACGUAACGCGACGCCUGAAUCAGAAGGUCAAGCAGCACUAGACGUGAUUGAACAAUAUAUCGAUGAGCAAACAAGUGCCAAUAUUGGCGAUGUAGCUACUACACUUGCUCAUAUCGAUCCAGCAUCUGUUGACAAACUCUCACAAGAACUUGUUCAUCUGUACGAAACCACCAUGAUCACACCUACUAUUCUAUGCAAACCCGAUAAACAAAACGCACAACACUUUAUUCUGCUAAGUUGCUUGCGCGCCUUAUUGCCUAUCUUACGACCCAAUAAGAUAUUUGAUGAUUGGUGGUACUUGUUACAGCCCAUAUUGACAUUAGCUUCCUAUACCAAUCAAGUCAAGAAAGAGACACGCUUAAUUGUGUCUGACGCAUUGAUUAUGGAGCAAGAAUUGGCUCGACAACACCAUUCAGAAUGCGUCUAUUUUUAUCGUAUUGUGGACAUGUAUCUUGAUUGGGCCGAAAAUCAACAUGCUCGACAACCCACUGUACCAGAAACAGACGAGGAAGCAACAAGUCAGUCGCACCAAGUCUUAUUGGACUUGGAACAAGAUGAAUGGUCUAAAAACUUGACAACCAUUUUGUUAUCUGUGGGUGCUUCCGAGACAAAACAAUUCUUUUUGCUGUUGAACAAGUAUUUUUUAUCAAGCAAACAUCGAUUACAGAUUGUGUAUUUAUUAAGUGAAUUUAUGCGAAGAAGGAGAACACAUUUGCAUGAAAUUCUUGAUACCCCUUUAUUUGAAUCCAUGCUGAAAUCACUCAUGUACGAUAAUUCAACAACACUGAUUGCUAUUUCAGUCACAAAUCUGAUCAUGUUGUUACCCCGUAUGUGUACUUCUUUACCUCGCUUUUUACCACAAUUGUUCUAUAUCUUUGCCAGAGCCAUUUGUUGGGAUCAGUUACGAGACUUGAGAAAGAAACAGACCACAAACAUGUACACACGCAUAGUAGAAGAUGGAUGGGACUGUGUUGACUAUACCUUUUCAAAACUAUCAGCACCUCCUUCGAAUCCUCAAACGGGUGCUUUCUUUACAUCUCUCUAUGGUCUUUAUCCUUGUAACUUUCUCAAGUUUCUGUAUAAACCUUAUGUUUAUUUCAAACAGAAUGAAUUCAAAAUACCAGAAGAAUUUGAUGAAGAUACCUUUAAAGCCAGGACAAUUCCUCAAGUGACACGGCAUAUGCUUCAUCCUAAUCUAGUAGUCAUGGACGCACAAACUGAAUUGACCGACAAGACACGCUGGAUGAAAAUGGAGCCACCAGAUGUGAUUGCACAAAUCAUGAGUCUGGACUUGACUAAUGCUGCUUCUCGAGUUGCUUUUUCACAUGAUGAAAAGAAACAACAACAGGAUCUUCUGGAUGAAGAUUUAUGGGUCGAUAAACCCAAAGAAGUCAUACAACAACAGACUGUGCCAGAACCAUCUAAGCCAAGCAUGGUCUCAAACAUCGUCACAUUACACAAAGCAUUAAAGAGUGGAGCAGAAGUGCUUGUGGAUAAAGAUAUCUGGGAUGCUUCUUUACCUAUGGAAAUACAAGACAACCAUGAACAUGCAUCUCCAGCACAAGACAUGUCGAAUGAAACUAAAUUGCUUGUAGCUGCUUUAAAGAGAGAAGUGUUGUUAUUGAGAAACGAACUCAAUUUUGAAUUGUUCUUGAAGCAACAGCAUUUGCAACACAUUGGUAGACUACAUCGAGAACAUGUACUUGAUACUUCUGUUGAAGCAGAAAGACAGCAACUUUACAAUACAACACGUAUGCUUAAGGCCCAAUUAAACCAGACCACACUCGCAUUUGAAAAACUGAAAGCAGAAUCAGCCUUGACAAAGCAAAAGCAUAUCAAAUGGGAAGAUGAACAGUCUGUCAAGUUACGCAAUUAUCGCGAACAACGUAAAGAAUGGCAGAGUCAAAUGGCCCGCACAGAGCAUCAAGUGAGUGAUUAUGAAAAGCAGUUGAAUGAACAACGCGUACAAUUGGACCAAGCUCGUCAGCGUAUAUUUGAACUAGAAAAUGAGCUCAAGACAUUGGAGCCUGUAUUGAAUAGUGCAACAGAGAAUGAGCAUCGUGUUAAGCAGUUAACACAACAAAUGCUGUUAUGGGAAUCCAACAUGUCUCAUAUGGAAGAGCAGAAACGAUAUAUCAAGGGAUUGCUUUCUCAGUGGUGGAGUAUGGAAGAGUUAGUAGCUAGUCUCCAGACAGAGAACCGAAGACUUCAAGAAGAUCAAAUCCAUAAAGAAGAAAAUCUAGAGAAACUUAGGGUACAAUUGACAGAUUGUCAAUCCAAAUUGGAAGGCUUCAAGACAUUCAGUCAUGACUAUGGUUCAACAGAAAUAGAUCACUUAAAAGAUACACUUGAAGAACACAAGAAACGCUUAGAAGCACUUGAGGUAAGCACAGAUACACAUAUGCUUUACUUAUUAUAUUAGAUUGAGAAACUGGAAUGGGAAGCACAAAAAGAAACCUUUGUGCAUAAAGAAAUACU